AUGGUUCAUCGGAUCUCCGGUUGCUUGACGUCUCCCGUCAAAUCACCGUCCCAAAAAAGAAACGGAAGGUAUCGUUCAUUCUCCCUACUGUUGCGGAUGACAACCCUAAUGAUGAAGUUACUCCGACCCCUCAUCCAUUACGGGGAAAUAUUACAGCUGACGAAGUGGAAGCCCUUCGCGCACAGCAAUAGGUCCAGAACGAAGGUGGUUCAUCCGGAUUCCAAUGUUGACAGGCCGUGGACUCGUAACCCUCAGCUUACUGUGCACACCAAGCAGAUCGAAAUAGGCUUCAGCACACCAGAUGUCCAGAUAUACGAGGUCUCGUCACCAGAGGAUAGUACACCUAAGGCGAUCUCGCCGGAGGCCUCACAUCAGCCCUUAUCCGAGAACCAUACACCUCGUCGUGUCCCCGCUAACGUCAUUCGAGAUAAUCAAUGGGCAGGACGUCUCGAACAGUACCUUCCUCGAGAUCGGAACGCCAACACAUUGGAUCAGAACAAGCAUCCUUUCUUCACUAGCUACAUCGUCACAUCGUAUCCAACUUUCAAAGAAAGGGCUCUUAACAUGGAGUGCGAUUGGUCGCCAGUGGUUGAAAGAUGCGUGACAGGAAGAGGAGGUCGAGCAGGCAGGCCGCUGUAA